UAUUAAUUAAAUAGUAGUGUGAAGUAAUGAUUGUAUUGAAAGUACGAGAGAGAACAUAAGUAUAAAUAAAAGAAAAUUGGUACAUUAAAAGAAAAUGAAGGGUUUUAAAGGGUAAAACUGAGAUUAAAACUUUCUAAAAUUAGAAAGUAUUCUAAGGUAGAAGAACUUAUGAAACUACCCGUUAUAGUAAAAUAGAAGAACUUAAUAAAAACAGGGGAGUAACAACUUUGGUGUUCCCUAUGUUGCACACAAAAUAUAUCAUAAUCUUACAUUUAAUGUUUUUCCUAUUUAUAACAAGAAAAGCACAUGAAAUAGAGCCUAUCCAAUAUCAAAACCGACUACUCUGCAAAGUGCAAGGUGCACUAACCGCUUCUCCAUUUUCAUACCCUUUUUUUCAUCUUCAUUUUUUGCUCUCACCACCGCUUUCAUUCGUUUUGUCCAUCUUCAUUCAAUCUUCUCCAUUUCCCUGCACCAAAUUCCUCUCUUUUCUCUGAAUUUCCGCUGAAUUUACUUCUAUAGACAAGAAAUUUAAAAUCAAGAAACUAAUAUUUCGUUUUUGGAUUAUUACUGAUUUUAUUACAUCUCAAUAAAUUUAUCGUAUAUUAAGAAAACUAGUGAAAUUUGGUUGAAAUUAAAAUUUCUCUACCGAAAUUGAAGUGUCUUGUUCGAGUUAGUAUAGAAAUGGAGCCAAAACAGAUAUUGAUGUCAGCGGUAGGAGUAGGGAUAGGAGUUGGGGUCGGGCUCGGGCUGGCUUCCGGGCAGACGGUGGGAAAAUGGACGGGAUCUUCGUCGAGUACGAACGCCAUAACAGGGGAAAAAAUGGAGCAAGAGUUGUUAAGGAUGGUGAUUGAUGGAAGAGAUACUAAAGUUACUUUCGAUGAAUUUCCCUACUAUCUCAGUGAACAAACGAGGGUUCUGUUAACAAGUGCUGCUUGUUUUUAUUUGAGAAAAGGGGACUUCUCCAAGUAUACACGAAACCUGUCUCCUGCAAGCCGGGCUAUUUUACUGUCAGGACCUACUGAACUGUACCAGCAAAUGCUUGCCAAGGCGCUGGCACAUUUUUUUGAGGCAAAGUUACUGCUAUUAGAUGUUACUGACUUCGUACUGAAGAUUCAGAGCAAAUACGGUGCCAACAAUGAAUCAUCUUUCAAAAGGUCCACGUCCGAGACUACUUUGGAGCGCCUUACUGGGUUUCUUGGGUCUUUCUCUAUACUACCAGCAAAGGAAGAGCCCAAAGGAUCCUUGCGCCGUCACGGUAGUGGGGUUGACAUUGCUUCAAGGAACAAUGAAGGCUUUUCUACUCAAUCAAAGAUUCGCAGGAAUGCUUCUGCCUCGGCCAAUAUCAAUGAUUUAUGUUUACAAGGCUCACCUACAAAUCCAGCUCCGCUUAAGAGAACGAGCAGCUGGUUUCUUGAUGAAAAGCUACUCAUCCAAUCCCUUUACAAGGUUAUGAUCACUGUAUCCAAGACUUUUCCAAUCAUUUUAUAUUUGAGAGAUGUCGACAUGCUCUUGUUCAGAUCUCAAAAGCUAUACAGACUGUUUCAGAAAAUGUUGCAGAAACUUACAGGACCAGUUCUUAUACUAGGUUCUCGAAUAACAGAUCAAGAAAGCAAUGAUAAUGACAUUGAUGAUAUGCUUGUUGAUUUAUUUCCGUAUAACAUUGAAAUCAAACCCCCUGAAGAUGAAACCCAUUUGGUAAGCUGGAAGUCUCAAUUGGAGGAGGACAUGAAGAUGAUUCAGUGCCAGGACAACAAAAAUCACAUAAUCGAAGUUUUAGGUGCAAAUGAUGUUGAAUGUGACGAUCUUGGUUCCAUUGAUGUGGAAGAUACCUUCGUUCUCAGCAAAUACAUUGAAGAAAUUGUGGUAUCUGCUAUAUCUUAUCAUUUGAUGAAUAAUAAACAUGAGUAUCGGAAUGGAAAACUCUUGAUUUCUUCCAAGAGUUUAUCCCAUGGACUCGGUGUGUUCCAACAAGGUAAAUAUGUCGGGAAGGAAACAUUGAAGCUGGAGUCGCGUACUGAUGCUUCAAAGGGAACAAACUCAGCUGUGAAGCCAGAAAUUAAAGCAGAAUCUGCCGGACCAGAUAAGAGAAACGGAGUAGAAGCUUCUGUGCCCACAUCAAAGGAUGCGGAUAAUGAAGCUGCUGCUCCCAAGGUCCCUGAAGUGCCUCCCGACAAUGAGUUUGAGAGGCGGAUAAGGCCAGAGGUCAUUCCUGCUAAUGAGAUUUCUGUGACAUUUAAUGAUAUCGGUGCCCUGGAUGAAAUUAAGGAUUCACUUCAGGAAUUGGUGAUGCUUCCACUUCGUAGACCAGACUUGUUUAAGGGAGGACUUCUGAAACCUUGUCGUGGAAUUUUGCUCUUCGGACCUCCAGGCACUGGCAAAACCAUGCUAGCUAAGGCGAUAGCUAAAGAGGCUGGUGCAAGUUUUAUUAAUGUGUCAAUGUCAACCAUCACAUCUAAAUGGUUCGGUGAAGAUGAAAAGAAUGUUAGGGCAUUGUUCAGCCUUGCAGCUAAAGUUUCCCCCACGAUUAUAUUUGUUGAUGAAGUUGACAGUAUGCUUGGGCAAAGGACAAGGGUUGGGGAGCAUGAAGCUAUGAGAAAGAUUAAAAAUGAGUUUAUGACACAUUGGGAUGGUCUAACUACAAAACAGGGGGAGAGAAUUCUUGUUCUUGCAGCUACCAAUAGGCCAUUUGACCUUGAUGAAGCCAUUAUACGACGUUUUGAACGGAGGAUAAUGGUGGGAUUACCAUCAACAGAGAACCGAGAAAAUAUCUUGAGAACUCUUUUAUCGAAAGAGAAGGUUCAAGAAGGGCUGGAUUUCAAAGAGAUUGCUACUAUGACAGAAGGCUAUAGUGGUAGUGAUCUUAAGAAUCUAUGUACCACCGCUGCUUAUCGACCUGUUAGGGAGUUGAUACAGCAAGAAAGGCUGAAAGAUAUGGAGGGAAAACAGGAAUCUGAGGAAGGUCAGAAUUCUGAUAGUGAACAAAAUAAGGAAGACGUUAAGGAGAGAGUAAUUUCUUUGAGACCUUUGAACUUGGAAGAUUUUCGACAUGCUAAGAACCAGGUUGCUGCUAGUUUUGCAGCCGGAGGAGCAAUUAUGAACGAACUGAAGCAGUGGAAUGAUCUUUACGGGGAAGGAGGCUCAAGGAAAAAGGAACAACUUACAUACUUCCUAUAAACAUGGAAGUAUGAACCUAGGCUCGUACACUAGUCUCACCCCUUUGUUCCGAUGCAUGAAAUUUUCGUGUAUUUUUCUUUACUCUAGAGUUUUGGGUUGAGUUUUUGUACUAGUACUCUUUAGUCAUUCAGUAUUUUGUAUACUCUUGUUAAGUACUUCUCUUUACCGUUUUUUAAGAGGAUAUUUGGUGUAGACGUGUAGUGGAGAAUGGGAGACGGAAUGGGUUCAUUAAGAGGGGAUGAAAAAGGAUUAAGAUGACAUUUACUUUUAUGAAACUUUGGUUUUAAGUUCAACUACAGAAAUGAAUCAUCUCUAGUUUGAACCAGGGUUUGUGUUCAUUUUCAUCUAUUGACGUAUAGUAGAAAUGUUCAAGUGUUAAUUACAAGGUUUACCAUAUGAUUAAGUGAUAAAUUACCAAAUCAAAUUCCUACGAGUAUUAUAUAAGAAAAGUUUUUAAGCAGUCAAAAUAUCAUUUUAAGACCCUAGGAUAAGUUGAAAAUAUAAAUGGCACCGAAAUGGUGACAUAAUAAGCUCAAAGAACCACUUAUCAGAUUAUGGUAUGUAUA